UAUGUUCAUGUAGCCAAAAACCUUGCACAUAACUAUCACUCACUCACUAUUGCCAACCAUCUAUAAAACCACUCUGUUACAUUACACUUCCACAAACCAAACUCACAGCAAUAAAAUCUUAAACCUAUCAUUUGCAUUUUUCCAAAAUCAGAAAACUAUCUAGUUUCUUCCAAAUUCAAUCACAAACAAGAAGAUGAAGCAAAUCAUCUUCUUCACGCUCUUGGUACUUUUUGCUCAAAUCUUUUUUACCACUUCUUCAGCUCAAUCACCUGCUGCAGCACCUAAAGCAGCAGCGAAACCUGCCCCUGCCACGCCAGCUCCAGCAACAGCACCGGCAAAACCAUUAGUCCCCUCAUUGCCUCAACCACCCUCAUCCGAUUCAUCUUCCGGCCAAGACAUCAUUAAAAUCCUAAGAAAAGCUAAAUCAUUCAACACACUAAUCCGCUUGCUCAAAACCACACAAAUCAUCAACCAAAUUAACUCACAGCUGGUGACAACAAAAAACGGUGGUUUAACCAUCCUCGCACCAGAUGAUGGUGCCUUUUCCCAGCUCAAAGCCGGAUACUUCAAUUCCCUCGGUGAACACCAACAGAAAGAACUGAUACAGUUUCAUGUUCUUCCUGUUUACGUCUCAAGCUCAAAUUUUGAUUCGCUUAGCAACCCUGUGCUGACACUUGCCAGUGAUAGCCCUUCUGGUUAUCAUAUGAAUGUGACUGCAUAUGGAAACAAUGUGAAUAUAUCAACUGGGCCUGUUAAUGCUACACUCACAGGGAUUGUGUAUUCUGAUAAGACACUUGCUAUAUAUCAUGUUGAUAAGGUGCUUAUUCCUUUGGACUUCUCUAAGCCUAAGGCUCUAGCUCCCGCUCCUUCUACGGCGAAGGCACCUAAAGCUGAUAAGGAUAGUUCAUCUGAAGAUGGUGAUCAGGGUGAGACAACUAAGGCUACUUCUGGUGCCAACAAUUUGAUUAGCCAUCAAGGAACAAUGUUUGUGUCUCUUUUUGUUGGUUUAGUUGCAGCUAUAACUAUCUCCAUUUGAUGAAGACCAACACAUUUGAAGGCUGUUAUAUUUUUUUGAAUUUUUCUUGUGCUCUUUCUUUCUUGGUUAUGUUUUGUAUUGUCAUGGGAUGGGAUGGGAAGUGUGUUGUUUGAGAGCUUGUGAAGUGUGAACACAUUCCUGAUUUUAUUCAUGUAAAAGCAAAAAAACAUAUUGUUUUGGUGAAAGAAAGUUUACUUUACAAACUAUAAUCUUCUUAA